GCCCCUCGUCCCCUCCGCACCUUCUCUCCGUCGUUUGAAAAUAUCAAGAGAGUUGUGCGCCAGUGUACUGAUGUCAUUAUAUGCAAACUGGACCCAGACGCUCCACAAACUUCAAAGAGAGGACACGUAGAGUUACACAUUUAGAACUAUAGCCACCUCGUCGGUUUUCACUUUGGUUCCAGUUUUUGUCUUGGGUUUUACUUUUCCUUUCGACUUUUAAUACAAGUACCAGGUUUAUUGUCCUUAUUCCAAUUGAGUUUUUUUCACGUGGUGUCCAGUUGGGAUAGCGCGCGGGGGAGCGGGACACAACUGUCACCGACUGUAAUCUGUGUCUCGCGCUGUCAAAGACAUGCCGGCUGGGUUUCAGCAACUCGGAGGGGAGACGGUGACUAGAACCCUUGCUCUCUCAGUGUUCACCGCUGUAUUGGGUUCCUUUCAGUUUGGGUACAACAUAGGUGUCAUCAACGCUCCUCAGAAGAUCAUUGAAGCGGACUACAACGCUACAUGGGUGCAUCGGUAUGGAGAGCCUAUCCCCAGCAGUACCCUCACAACCCUCUGGUCCCUGUCCGUAGCCAUCUUCUCUAUAGGCGGCAUGAUCUCCUCCUUCUGUGUGGGCGUCAUCUCAGAGUGGCUGGGGAGGAGGAAAGCCAUGCUCAUUAACAACUUGUUUGCCUUCAUCGGAGGAGGUUUGAUGGGCAUGGCCAAGAUCAGCCGGUCCUUCGAGAUGAUGAUUCUGGGACGAUUCGUCAUCGGUGCAUACUGUGGAUUGGCAUCGGGGCUGGUGCCCAUGUAUGUAGGUGAGAUAGCCCCUACCAGUCUGCGAGGGGCAUUGGGCACGCUCCACCAGCUGGCUAUCGUCACAGGGAUUCUCAUAGCACAGGUCCUGGGUCUGGAGUCUUUGCUGGGCAGUGAGGAGUUGUGGCCAGUGCUGGUGGGUGUGACCGUUCUGCCCACUGUCCUACAGAUGGUGCUGCUGCCCUUUUGCCCCGAAAGCCCCCGCUUCCUCUACAUCAUCCGUUCCCAGGAGCACCACGCCAAGAGCGGCUUGAGGAGGCUGACGGGGAGACAGGAAGUGGGGGAUAUGCUGGCUGAGAUGAAGGAGGAGAAGAGGAGGAUGGACAUGGAGAGGAAGGUGUCCAUCGCAGAGCUCUUCCGCUCCCCCAUGUACCGGCAGCCCAUCAUCAUCGCCAUCCUACUGCAGCUCUCACAACAGCUGUCCGGGGUCAACGCUAUCUUCUACUACUCCACCAGUAUCUUCCAGAAGGCAGGGGUCCAGAGCCCUGUCUACGCCACUAUAGGAGCCGGUGUGGUCAACUGUGCUUUCACCGUGGUCUCGCUCUUCCUGGUUGAGAGGACGGGUCGCCGGACACUACACAUGCUGGGCCUGUCUGGAAUGUGCUGCUGCGCCAUUGUCAUGACAAUGGCUCUCGCCCUAUUGGACAGUGUUCCCUGGAUGAGCUACAUCAGCAUGCUGGCCAUCUUUGGCUUCGUGGCCUUCUUCGAGGUGGGCCCCGGCCCUAUCCCCUGGUUCUUUGUGGCUGAGCUCUUCUCCCAAGGCCCCAGGCCUGCUGCUAUGGCCGUGGCCGGAUUCGCCAAUUGGACAGCCAACUUCAUUAUCGGCUUUGGCUUCCAAUAUGUUGCUGAGCUUUGUGGGCCAUAUGUCUUCCUCAUCUUCGCCGCACUCCUGCUAUUCUUCCUCAUCUUCACUUUCUUCCGGGUGCCGGAAACGCGGGGGAAGACGUUCGACCAGAUCUCCAACACCUUCAGCAAACACUCGCCCGCCAUGAUAGAUAUGGACCUGGACAUGGAGCUGGGCAAACGCAGCACAGAGCUGGAUUACCUAGGGGAGGAGGGGAGCCUCAACUGAGGGGAUCCCAUACGGCAACUGGGGAAGGCAGGCAGAGGAGGCCAGACAGACUGUGGGGUGGUGGGCAGGGGGUAGAGGAAGAGAAAAUGGUACUGGGGUGGGCUUGGGCCUCAUUCCAAACAUCCUUUCACCAUUUAUCGAGUUGCGUCUAGGCAUAUCAAGUAGGGGAGGCGUUGGCGUGUGGGUCGAGGGAUAGGGAAUCUGUUUGGAAUGGGGGCCAUAGUUGAUGCAAUAGCUGCCACUGGGAAAUUACGCUAGAGUGAAAAAUAUUGGCAGAAUCAGGGGUUGCAGGAAAUGAUUCAAGGAAAAGGUUGCACAACAUUACAAAGCAUUGCACCAACUGAACAGACGCCAGAAAGGGUGAAAGGUCAAUAGGGUGGGUGAUUU